AUGAAUCUCCCGGCGAUUGCCUGCGCCCUCCUCCUACUUCUCCAUCUCAAUGUUUCUCUCGUGGAGUCGUCCCGGCCGCAGCCACAGGGGCUCGGGAAGGGGCGCCACCACGACCAUAACGGGCACAGCGGCGACGACAGGCACCGACACCAUCACUCCGACGACUACAACGGCUACAGCUUCUACGUGUUCGGUGACUCCUUCGCCGACAACGGCAACCUCGUCAAGAUGAACCCUAGGUCCGAACUGAAUCGCCAGUGGCGCCCUCCAUACAGGGCCAACGGCCGCUUCUCCAACAGCAUGGUUGAACCCGACUUCAUCGCCUCCAUGUUAGGGCAGAUGAAAUCCCCUCCGGCGCACAGCCUCACGCGCAAGGUCGGCCCGGAUGGCCUGAACUUUGCCGCCGGCGGCUCCGGCGUGUAUGACGUGCCGCACACCCGCACGCUCGCCAGGCAGAUCCACACCUUCCACAAGCUCGUCAAGGACGGAGACAUCCACCAAGAGCUUCUGGCAUCAAAAUCUGUCGCGCUCGUCGCCAUCUCUGGCAACGACUACGCCCGCCUCCCCGCCGACACCAAAAGCUUCGCCGAGGUGGAUGAUUUCGCCAACAAUGUGGCCGAGGAGAUCGCGGCCAACGUGCGGCGCCUGCAGGACAUCGGCGUGCAGAAGGUGCUCGUCAACAACCUCUUCCCUUUCGGAUGCGCGCCGUCGCAGACCAGGGAGUACAAUCACACCCGCUGCAACGAGCGGCGCAACCUGGCCGCCACGCUCCACAACCACCACCUUGUCAACAAGCUAGCCGACAUGGAGGACGUGCUGGUGGUCGACCUCAACGCCGCCUUCAGCACGGUCCUCCGAGACGACGGGGGCACUGACAUUGCCAAUCUCUUCAGGGAGAAGCUGGUGCCCUGUUGCGAGAGCACGGACCCCAAGGGAUACUGCGGGCAGGUAGACCCGGAGACGUUGGAUCCGCUCUACGAUGUGUGCGACGAACCCCACGUGUUCUUCUUUUGGGACGAGAUGAACCCGACCAUGGUCGGGUGGCAGGCCGUCAUGGGCCCGCUCGACUUCCCCAUCAGAAAGUUCCUAGGCCUCGUUAAGUAGAUGAUGCAUCCGCGUGUGCAUGUAUACCCUGUGCUUCACCUUGAACUAUAUCUUAGUAUUGACUAGCAAAAAAGCCCGUGCGUUGCAAUCGGAGAGAAAACAUAACACAUAUUCUUAACUCAACAACCAUCACUCAAGACCACAUAGGUCCAUCUUCUUUAUUUUUGCGAGGCAUCAUAUUUGUGUUGCCACUUAUCCUCUUUCUCACUCUCGCCGGCGAUGGCCUUGGUGUUCACACAAAACAAAAAAAUGUGUGUUGAAUAUGGUUAAUCCUAAGGCGUCUCUCUCCCUCUCUCCUCCCUCUCCCUCUCUCUCUCUCUCUCUCGCUCGCUUUCUCUCACUCUCGCGAUGAGAAAUUUGUUGUUUUCCCCUGCGACAUUUUUCAGAGGUAUGCAUGUGUAGUUAUCGAUGUUUUAUUUUCCGUAUAUGGUUAUAGUGGGGUGUUUAUUUACAAUCCGGAUCGCCGCCGAUAUGAAAAAAAUCGGAUCUUGCGUUUUAAAUUAUAAGUUUGCUUCCAUAACAAUAUUUUAAAAAUAUUUAACAGGUAAAAUUAACAUCAUAUUUAGAUUCCACAUAUUUUUCUAAUAAAAUU